UGCAACGUUGACUCGGUGGAUUUUAAUGUUUAUUGUCAAUAAACGCGUCACAAUGCUUCUAAGUUCAUGCAUUUGACAAUUGAAUUUAAUUUCGAAGGACACUAAUGGAUACCCAUUAUAGCAUUCUUGAUUUUAUUGGCCUUCAUAAUAACACUUGAAUGUAGGAAGGUGGCUUGGAAGGCUGUCUAUUUCCCGUUCUGUAGUUUGUAAAUAAGAAGCUUUCUGGAUAAUUUUCGAGCUGCAGACAUGUCUAAAUUAGCUACUAAAACGUACGGUAGAAAGCCAGAAUGCCGUUCAAGUGUGCAGUUCGAUCAUCUCCUCGCAGAAAAAGGCAACAAACCAUCAACAGCCAAAGUUUCUGUUGCAGGUGUUCACAGAUGGGGAAUGACAUCAUUUACUUCCAUACGAAAAAAUCGCAUCAAUGGUCAGAAAGAGCCUAAUGUGGACACAGUGAAGCGAGUGAAAUUAGAGCCAAAUCCACCCCCAAUCCCUUGUACAGAAGAUCCUUUCUCAUUUGAAACUGAUAUUGAAAUUUCUGCUGCAAAAAGUAAUCAUUCCUCUAAUACUGUAAAUAGUGGUUUUACAUCAGAAGCAAAACCUGCUGCUGCAAAACCAAAUAAGUUUUUCAAAAGUAGUGGCUCUCGUUUGCUAUCUGGUGCUUCGCGUCCUCCAAAAAAUAGUGAUUUUGAUGCGCUAAGAUUAUCCGUGGCUUCAAAUUUUAAUGUACAAAAUAACAAAAAUACUCAUGAUUUCUUUUUAAAUAUGCAAACCAAUUUCAAAACUGAUAUACCACAUGUGUCAGAGGAUCACAAUCCUGUAUAUCUCACGAAUUCACCAAACAUUGUUGAUUUACGCUACUGUUCAACUAUACCUAGUGCUUGUGCUUCCAACAAGUAUACAAGUAAUCCCAGUGUUCAUUACCUCAGUCCAUUCAUCCAGCCAAUUUCUCUGACAGCCGAUUCUUCAUCUCAAGCAUUUGAUGCUUUACGAACAUUGGAUCUCUCUGCCAGGACAUCUGAUACUGAGCAUAAUUUCCAGUCAGACAAUGGCAUUUUAAAGAACUGUGAUUUAAGGCCUGAGAGUUCUGAAAGUGUUUUCAUUUGCAAGGACAACGUAGUCUCUACUAUUAGUGAAACUAAUCUCGUUCAUCAGCCGGAACAUCCAGUUUCCUUCGUGCACGAUGUUUUGCCGGAAAAGGAUUCAUGUGAAAUUGAGUUUUCAUCCUCUGCUUAUUCGGAGAGCGAUGCUUAUCCAUCUGAUUCAAAAAGUCAAACUGAUUCUGAUGCAUUUCCUCAAAGUCAAGAGUCUGGCAUAGGCUCUCAGUCACCUGAAAAAAUUGAAGAAUUUUCUAAGCAGUCGGCUCGUCCCAAAAAGAUAUUCAGCUCAUCAUUAAAAUUUAAAGCAGUUUAUAAUCAUCGACAUUGGCAUUCAUCAAAGAAAGAAAUUGAUGAGAAUUCAGCUCAGCAAGGACCUUCUCUUGCGGAUGAAUUUGAAGAUGAGAUUGAAGAAAAAUUCGAGGCUGUUGUUGAAGAUGUUGCUGAAGCUUCUUCAUCAGGAGACAUUAGAUCUAUAAAAUGUCCAAAACCAUCUAAGGAAUUUUAUACAGUUAUCAAAAAUGUUAAACAAGCUUACCAGUGUCAUGAAUCUGGUGAAACUCAAGAGUUUAAUGAUGAUAUUGAGUAUUUGUUGGAGUGUGUUCAAGAAUGUAAUGCUAUUGGGACCAGAUGUUUAAGUGUUUUGAACCUUGCUGCCAAAUGUAUGGGACCUGCCUUCCGAAUACACCUUCGUGCCCAUGGGACUAUGCCUAAAAUAUUUAGUGCCUUAAGCGAUGCUCCUUCUGAUCCGAACCUGGCUUUGUGCACUGCUACUUUAAUGUUUGUGUUGAGCCAAGAUCGUCUAACCAUGGACAUUGAAGCGAGUACACUGUCAUUAAUGAUACAACUUUUGGAAACAGAUCAAGAGUUAGAAAACCCAGAGAAAGAAAUGGACCUGAUUCUCAAAGAUCCAGCUUUGUGUGCUAUGCAAGAGAAGCACAGAGAGAAAGUUUAUCAGCUCUGUGAAGAAAUGAAACAGAAAGGGCAUGCCAAACAUUUAAAGCUGGAUAACAUUAAUACGGGUAUAUUAGCGAUGGAAACUUUGCUUAGUUUGACCUCUAGGAAAGCUGGUGAAUGGUUUAAAGAAGAAAUGAGGACAUUACAUGGAUUAGAUAGAAUUGCUGAUGCUGUAACAUCUUCUGUUUCCUUACUAAUGUCAGAAGAAAAAGAAAUAGUUGCUCUUCCAAAUGAUGUACAGCUCGACAAACUGCGAAAAAUUGACAGAUGUUUAAGAGUUCUAGAAAAUGUGACUCAUAUGAAUUCCGAAAAUCAAGAGUACAUAAUGAACUAUAAAGAUUCAUCCUUGCUCCUGUCAUGUAUCAGAUUACUAAAACUAUGCAAAUCUCAUUUCCUUCAACAAAAACCAAUAGAUACUGAUAAUACUUCAGAAGAAUUAUCAAGUCAAAAGCCAGCAAAGAGUGAAUCUCCAGUUCUUAUGUGUUUGUUGAAUUUGUUAAAAAUUUUAAGCAAUAUAACUUAUAAAAUUCCUUUGGAUGAUGAAAGGCUUUCAUCUGAGGGAGGCUUGAUGGAUCAUGUGCUUAUGUCGAUUCUCCAAGUACCUCGAGCUGUUCCUUUAGACAAAAGAUUUGAUCUCUUAGUUCUUUGUUUGGGGCUGAUGAUCAACUUAGUAGAAUAUUGUGGCGCAAAUAGCAAGAAAUUUAUUGAAAUGUAUGCUUUGGGUUCAUUUGAUACUGUGAACGAUGGUUAUGAAAUGAUAGCAGCUGAAGCAUUAGUUGAAGUGAUGUUGUCUAGACUUGAAGCAGCAAGAGUUUCAGAAGAACAAGCUGAUGAAUUGUUGAGCUCACAAGAAGAAAAGCACGCAGCAGCAAUAGAAAAGAAAGAUGUUGAAACUGCUGCUGAUGAUUUGGAAGAAACUCUAAUGAAAACUCUUCAAAAAGCUGGAAAACACAUGGAGCAUAGUAUCAUAGCUGCAUAUAUAGCUAUUUUGUUGGGCUGUGUUUCACAAAGUUAUCCUGAAUUUAUUGAAAUAUUGAGAGAAUAUGUACCUGAUGGAAAAUUUGAUGUAAUGGUGGAAGUUUUAAAGAAGUUUAAGAGCUUUGUUACACUAACUGGUUCAGUGGGGAGUAGAGAACUUGUAUCUAUCCAAAAAGUUAUUCAAGUUCUUGAAUCCAGUUAACAAAGAAAUGUGAUGUUUUUAAUGAACUUUCUCCAAGGUCACAUUUAUAUUUGGAAAAGGUGGUCCUAUUUAUUCCUCUGCAGUUGCAUAAGAUCAUUUUACAGUAAUAGGUUUGAGCUUCUGAAGGUAUUAAAAGUAACUAGGCAAUAAUAUAAACUGUUUGCACAUUUACCACUAUCCAGAGGAUAUAUCUUUUCCAAGAGUUAUGUGACCUUCAGCCUUUGUGAAUAAUGCUCCCAUGAGAUUAAACAGAAUUUCGGGUUUGACUUCAUUGUAAAUGAACACAUUUGUAUAGGAACUAGAUAAUCGUUGAAUAUAUAUUGAAGAAUACUGCAUUCAGUAUCUACAAGUGAAUAUUGUGCCUAAACAAAAACUUCAAAUACUGGAGUCUGAUUUAGUUUUGUUAUGAUUGAAUUGCCAGCAACUGACACUCACGUUCGUAAGCUACAAAGUAAAAUAUGCAAUGGCAAACUGAAAUUUGAGAAGUAAAAUGUGCACUCAUGUAUUCCACAUUUUGUGAUUUAAUUUCAGAAUUUCUGCACCUCAUCUUUAGCUUAGCUUUUUAAUUUAAAGUACAAUUUUGAUUUCUUAUUUAAUGCUGAUAUCUUUGUUUGUGCUUGUAAUAAAUGCACUGGGGUUUUCAUGUAUGUUAUCCAAAGAAACAAUUUUGUUCAUUUGUAAAAAAGAACAUUUAUGUAUGACCAUGUUGAAUUUUAUAUUAUAUUAUUAUGGAACUUGUUGAUUUGUGAUAUUUAGUAAAUAAAAGAAACUGCAUUAUCUUGG